CCGGCGGCCUACCUUGAGUGGGCAGGUUCAGUGGCUGAUCCCGUCGCGCGCCUCCGCGUCUCCGCUCGCCAGUUGAGUGGGCGCUCACCGCACGGACAGCCAUUAUGACCGACCCAAAAGCGGCGUGGCGAUGCGCGUGCAUCACUCUCGUGGCGUUGUUUCCUCUCGUUUGUAAAGCUACCCUCUCCGGUUUAUACAUUGAUAAUGGGGUCGAUCAAACAGUGAUACAUCACUCUAUGACGCGGCACGAACGGCUGGUUGUUGAACAUGAAAUACUCGAUCUCCUGGGCCUAGGCGAACGUCCGCGGGGCCCUCGGGCUCCACCCCUGGACCGUUCAGCUCCUAGUUUUCUCCUGGACGUGUACAAACAGCUGGCCGAGGAACAUGAGCAGGCGCGUCCUACACGCAGCUCUGAGAUGGCACUCAGUGGCGAUGAACAGAUAGCGAUUGAUGCCAGUGAUCUCAUCAUGACGUUUCAAAGCAAAAAGCAUCAUUUGGGGGCUCUUCGACAAGGCCACGGAAGACACGUGUGGUUUGAGGUGGCAGGCGCUCCCGGCGACGCGUCCUCGCUGCUGACCGCCGAGCUGAGGCUACACCAGGCGCCAACGCAUACAGAAGACCCCACAAGUUUAUACAGAGUGGUUGCACAUCGUGUAAUCAACGUUGAUAAUUUAGGAAAAAUGCAACUUGAGGAGGUGGCUGCAGUAAACACCAGUGCGGGUGCAGAAGGCUGGCUGGAGUUGAACGUGACCAACGCCCUGGGUGCGUGGCUAUCAUCGCCCGCUGACAACCGCGGAUUCUUCAUCACUCUACACCCACAUUCACAACCAGAGCGGCACGUGAAACCUGAGGAAAUAGGGUUGGAAGAGCCUCGAGGUGCGGUCGUGGAAGGCAAGCAGCCAUUCUUAGUGGCUUUCUUCAAGGGUGGCCCUAAGUUAGGCAACGCGGAUCCCGGGGCGCGCCGCAAGCGGGAAGCGAAGCGUUGGCGCUCCCACGGCUUCUCUGAAAACCAUCUAAGGAAUCCACUGACAGACACGUCACAUUGGACAACGAGAAGCUGUGAAAUACAAACCCUCUAUGUUAGUUUCAAAGAUUUAGAAUGGCAGGAUUGGAUCAUAGCUCCUGACGGGUACGGUGCAUUUUAUUGUAGCGGUGAAUGCAACUUCCCAUUGAAUGCACAUAAAAAUGCCACGAAUCAUGCAAUCGUACAGACGUUGGUUCAUCUUUUAAAUCCACAACAGGUCCCAAAACCAUCGUGUGCGCCGAUCAAGCUAUCUCCAAUAUCCGUCCUCUACUACACAGAUGACUCCAAUGUGAUCCUUCGGAAAUACAAGAACAUGGUUGUUAAGAGUUGUGGUUGUCAUUGAGAUGUUGCGUAAUUACUACAUAAUUACAUUAGAAAGAGGAAAGACUUGUGUUUAUACUAGGUGAACUUUGAAAUGUUCAACUUAAAUUUUAAAUCUUAGAAUUUAUAUAUAUGUACUAAAGUUACUAUUUCAGAACAUUAUUUUUAUACCGCCACUUCAAUAAAAAUCAGUCCAUAUUAUCAGAUAAUGCGUUCGGCGUUAAGGUCAUCAAAGUAAUGUGACCAUGACAAUAUUUUGAUGGUAAGCUUAUGGAACGCGAAAUGGGUUAAAAAAAUAAUUAUAAUAUCAAGGUAUGUUUAGAUAUACCCAUACAUAUCAAUUUAUUUAUAUGAUUUGAAUUAAUUCAGAUAUUUGGUAUAUAAUUCCCAAUUAACUAGGCGACGUGCUUACAGUUAAUAAUUCUGUGAAGUUUCUAAAAUUACGAUAGAGAAUAGACCGACUUGACGUCUACUAUUAUAAUUUAGUUGGUCAAAAGUUAUGUAACAGGGCAUAAAAUAUAACAGUGUAUAAAAAUAACUUUAAUAUUGAUAAGAAAUAUUAAAAUUAAAUUUUCAAACAAAAUAGUGAAAUACAAAGUCGUACAUUUUAAUAACUACGAUACCGACAAAAUGUAUGUAUUGAGUCGUUAAGUAUUCCUUAGAUAAGCUAUGUAAAUAAAAGUAGGUAGAUAUUAUGUAUACAGCCUAAGUUAAUACUUCAGCAUAUUUUAAUUUGAAACUUUGAAUGGUCUAAGGUUUGCCAUAAUAUGUGCCAAAAUAUGUAAAUAGGUAUGCCUACGAAAUUAUUUUAUUGCGACUUUCACACGUUACGUAGAUUAAGUAUUUUUUAUAAAUUCUGUAAAUAGAGUGUAGCGGGAAAUUUAAUUUUUAAUUAUUUUAUAGGAUUUAACACAACAUUUUAGUAUUUCAAAUAAAUUAAGAUCAGCACAUUUCAGACAUAUAAAUACUCCAAAUAAAUAUAAAAAGGUACAAAUUUUUUUUACGCAUUAACCAAUGUUCCUGCUACAUUAUUAAAAGUACCUUAGUCCAUUAUAAUAUUCCGACUUCGGCGCAGGUUAUUCUGCAGUCGCCAGAUAUAUAGUAAUACUUAAUAAUUUCUAUGAAUGUAGUACAUAUACUGUGACAAUAAAUAUAUUAUUUUGUAUGGUAUGUAUUCAU